AUGGAAUCAAUUUCCGCUUCCAAUAGCAAAAAUAAAAAGAAUGCAACGGGAUUUUUUAUCUUCAGCAAAGAAAUAAGACAUAAGAUUCAUAAGGCGUGCCCUUUCUUUUCACCUCUCGACAUUUCUAAAGUUAUAUCAGAACAAUGGAAAGGUUUACCAGAAUCUGAGCGUAUGCGUUAUCGAGAGAUGGCUAAAAGCAUUUCCGUGCAACCGAAACAAUCGUUAAUUCUUAAAGCACCUUCUUCACCUCCAUCCAAACCAGAUGCAUUAUCUCCGAUAGAGACAUUAGGUAUUUGUCCAUUGUUCGAUAAAAUUCAAUACGCUACAUUAUCUUCAACUCAUGACUAUCCUUUCGUUCAAUAUUAA